AUGUCGAGCCCAAGAAGACACCGAUCUCGUCAUCACACGAGAUCGAGCGGUCUCGUCAUCACACGAGAUCGAGCGGUCUCGUCAUCACACGAGAUCGAGCGGUCUCGUCAUCACACGAGCCCGAGAAGACACCGAUCUCGUCAUCACAUGAGAUCGAGCGGUCUCGUCAUCACACGAGUCCGAGAAGACACCGAUCUCGUCAUCACACGAGAUCGAGCGGUCUCGUCAUCACACGAGCCUAAUAAAACCAAUCUCGUCGAAGCACGAAUCCGAGAAAACCAUCACGGCAAUCUAUUCUCCUUGACGAGAUAA